GGCAACUUAGGUAUUAUUACAUAUGCGUAAAAUUGUACAGGCAACUGGUAAUUAUAAGUAAUCACAACGGAUAUUGGAUAUCGGUCGGGACGGAGUAUAUGCGAAGUAUAUAGCUGUUUGUGUUUGUAAAUUCCGAUUGGGAUUCGCAUUAGCAUUAGGGUUAGCAUUAGCAUUAGCAUUAGCAUUGGGAUUACGAAGAUUUUGCUUUGCAUUUUGUGGUACAGGUAUUGGGAAAUCGGAUUUACAUAUUCAUAUACGGAGGAUUUUGGGUUUCGAUUUCGAUUUGGAUUUCCAUUUGGAACGUGCUCAUGGAUAAGAUGGAUAAAGUCGAUGAAAGGAAGAUUGUCACUGGGGAUGUAGCAGGAGAGGAAAAGAGACGUGGGGAUGGGGAUGGGAAUGAGGAUGGGAUUCAUCAGGUCGAUGGGAUUAAACUUCCUCGGGUGUCGAUUCAGUUUUGUACGCAGUGUAAAUGGAUGUUGAGGGCGGCUUAUUUUGCACAAGAACUCCUCUCAACCUUCGGAACAGAUAUCGGAGAAGUCGCACUUCAACCAAGUACCGGUGGCACAUUUAUUGUCGAACUAUUUACAGAUGCGAACGUGAAUAAGAAUGCUACUAGUCAUGUAGAAGGGGAAACUGGAAAGAGCGUGGAUGAAGCAAAGGAAGUUAAGGUAUUGAAACAUACGCUUUGGGAUCGGAAGAGUGAGGGAGGAUUUCCUGAAACGAAAGAAUUGAAGAAGAGGCUUAGGAAUAUUAUUGAUCCGUCAAGGGAUUUGGGUCAUGUUGAUGGAAAGAAAUCAUCAUCAAAGGCCACUGCUUCUGCCGUAAUUCCAACAACUACCAACCAGCUCAAUUUUUCAGGACAGAAAGAUUCCGCACCAACAGAUGUCAAAGCAUCUGCCGCAAUCCCAACUAAUACCAUAUCUCAACCUCCAGCUUCCAGCCCCGUCUCUACCCCCCAACUGAUUGAAGCGAAGCCAGAAGAGGUAAGAGAGAAGAAGCAAGAUGAAGAGAAAGUAACUGUGAAUGAGAGAGGCAAAAUUGUCAUCACGGGCUUGGAAGGAGAGGGCGGAUUUGGGUUAUGUAGACCUGGAGAUGAAGACUGUGGUGGAUUUUAAAUUUAGGGUUUGGGGACAAGGGUUGAGAGGGAUGAGGAUGUAGUUCAUGCCGCAGAAUACUCUGCUUGUUGGAAUGAAGUGGCUAGAUAAUGGACCUGUCUAGACCUACAAUCUUGAUCUGGCAUUCGACGAGACUGUAGGCCAAAGUCGGGGAAAGUUUAAGAAAUGAUAUUUAGGGUGCCUACUCCGAAUGAUCUAUCAGAUCCUGAAAUUUGAUUGAACUACGGAAUCCAAUGCUAACUCAGAGAACCUUGACGAAAUUCGUCUACUCGAUUGAUACA